UUCAUUCGCACCCGCACACAGCCUGCUUUGCCUUUCCCACAUGAAAACGAAAAGCAGUCACUUGGUGGAAAUUUUGUGACCAUUGUGCUGCGCUCAAAACUCGCUUAAAUUCGUGCUGUUUAACGCCAUUCGAAAGUUAAGAAUCCUGUGAAUCUUUUGCCACCUUUCCGGUGAAAAUCAAAACGUGAAAAGUCCGCGAAAAAGGCCAACGAAAAAGGGCCGCCGCCUGUGAGUGUGUGUGACCAGCAGAAGAAAAAAAUGCCCUGCCGCUGGAAGUGAAAAAUGCGCUCGCCAUUUUGACUCGGGCGACAGUUUUUGUACAAGUGCUCCUCCGCUCCUUUUCGUCGUAGUCGUGAUCCGCCUCCGGAUUUGCACACGUGCCCCAGUCCGUGGGUGCAGUACGUCCGACCGCCCACCCCCACUAAACCGUCGCCCCUUCCAGUUUUCCUAUACACACGUUGCGGCUACGGCACGUAGCUCCGGUUUUCUUCUUGUUUUUGGCGGUUCACCUGGUAAGCGGUAGAAACCACAACAACAACAAAAGCAGUCCGGCUGCCCCCACCAAAAAAAAUGGCGCAUUCGACGGGCGGUACAGUGAAGGCCGAUGAGGUGAACUUCUUUUUUCGGGAUGAGCACGGACAAAUAGCCAAAAUGCUGAAACCGGCACAAACCAAGUCCGAAUUGGAAACGGGAGGAAAACCCACAGUGGUUUACGCCACCGGCUCAUCGGCGCGCAACAGCGGAAGUGCCAGCGGAAUCGGCAACGUGGGACGCAUGGGUGCCUUCAGUCAGAUGGGCUCAAGCAAUCAGGGACAAUUCAUACGGCUGCAGGACAACGGCCUGUCCAUUCCAAAAACAGAAGGUACUACCUACACCACCGUCUCGGCGCAAAAGACUUCGGGCAGUGGACUUUACGACAUGCAGCUAAAGGGGGAUCGCUAUGUAAAGUUUACGCCAAACAACCCCAUGAAAAUCAAAACAAAACUCCAUGCCAUUCAGAGCAACUCCUUGCACUCCAUGUCUGCCUCCUCAUCAUCUGUGCAAAGGAAACGCAAACCGGACAAGGCCGGCAAGGGAUUGCGACACUUCUCGAUGAAGGUCUGCGAAAAGGUAGAGGAGAAGGGCAAGACCACCUACAACGAGGUGGCCGACGACCUGGUCAGCGAAGAGAUGAAGAACAAUGCGUACGACAACAACUGUGAUCAAAAGAAUAUCCGACGUCGUGUCUACGAUGCGCUCAACGUACUGAUGGCAAUCAAUGUUAUCUCCAAGGACAAGAAGGAGAUCCGCUGGAUAGGACUGCCCGCCAAUUCAGCCGAGCAAUUUCUGGCUCUGGAGGAGGAGAACAGUCAGCGCCGCGAGCGCAUCAAACAGAAGAACGAAAUGCUCCGCGAAAUGAUCAUGCAGCAUGUGGCUUUCAAGGGAUUGGUCGAGCGGAACAAGCGAAACGAAAGCCAGGGCGUGGUGCCUUCCCCAAAUGCCUCUAUUCAGCUGCCGUUCAUCAUCGUGAACACGCACAAGUCCACCAAAAUCAACUGCAGUGUGACCAACGACAAGUCCGAAUACAUAUUCAAGUUCGACAAGACCUUCGAAAUGCACGAUGAUAUUGAGGUGCUCAAGCGUAUGGGAUUCCUGUUGGGCUUGGAUAAGGGCGAGUGUACGCCGGAAAACAUUGAACGAGUCAAGUCCUGGGUGCCACCAAACCUCGCCAAAUAUGUGGAAGCAUACGGAACUGGCAAGACUGGCGAAACCAUUUACGAAUCAGACGACGAGGAUAAUGAGUUCAAUGGGUACCUAGAGUCAACCAAUGAUUCCCAGAGCUUUGCACAACACUCGGCACAACACACCACCGAUGGCGAGUAUAAGUUGGAGAUGGAUGAUGAUGAGCUGGACGAUGAUAUCGAUUGAGUUGACGGUGCCGCCGACAUUGCGCCAGCAAUGGCCGAUGCGGACGCGGAUGCGGAUGGAGAAGCAGAUGCAGAUGCGGAGGAAACAUUUAGUUUUACGUUUAUCAACGCUUUGUUAGGUUUGCCACGCCCCCCUGGUUAGGCGGGAGGACCCCCGACACUCCACUCCACACCCAAUCCGACCCACCCACCCACAUAAUUGGUUUUGUUUUUUCUCAAUGAGACUCUAUUAAAUUAUAAAGCUCGCAACGACGAGAAAGGAAGAUUCGGUAGUUCAUGUAUGUACUUGUAGUUCGCAUACACAGAUUGUACUUGUAUCAUUGAAGAUUUAUGUUUAAGCUCAAACGUUUUUAAAAUAAUUUGUCUAGUUAAGCAGAAACCCGUAAUUUAGUGCAAACAUCCACACAUUUUACAUAUGGCAAUCCCCCGAAUCCACAGGCCCAAGCUAAUGUUCACUCUCUUCUUAGUUGUUAUGAGUCUCCCUUUUUCCCCCCAAUUGCCUCUUUAUGUUUGGGUAGGCAUAAGUGAAAACGAUAAUGUUAUGGGUAAUUGUCUCUUUAUAAUAUAUUAUACCAAAAUUGUACACAUAACAGCAAUGAAAUGCAAUUAUUUUUAGAAUGCCACGAGCAGUUUGAACUGCAGACAAGACGGAACAUAUGAAAUAUGUUUUAUUUGCCUAUCAAUACCCCAUUUGAUAAAACGAUUGUUUUAAUUUCUCAAAAUCCACAAUUUAAGUUGACAACGGAGAGCAGAUAUUUGCGAAAUAAUCAACCUACCUAAUUAGUAAUAACAAUUAAAACAAGAUAUACAUUUUCAGAAUUUGUAUUUAUAUUAUUGAACCUUCUUCAAGUGAAUACAAAAGCAUACAAAUACAAAUUAGUAGAAAGUCAAAUAUAAGGCGUUAACAAUUAAGUGUCGAGCAUGUAGUUGUGUAAUAAAUCGAAAUAAUUAAUUGCAAGGAUUCAAAGGAAAUAAUAAGUGAGACGAAAUCGAACCGAGUGACAAGUUAAUAAAGAAGUAAUUUGCAUAUUGUAAAAUAUGAUAAACUGA